AUGACACAUUCAACACGAGUGAGAGGUGGUCCUCUGAAUUCAUCAACGCUAAAGAUGGAAUUAUCUCCCAGAAAAUCUGAUAAUCAACUAGAGAGCUUGAAAAAUAUUUCGUUUGAACCGGAUCACACCGAGCCAAAAUCGACUCUUUCACCACUUGGUUUUCCUCUUUUAACAAGUCUCGGAGAUAGUAAACAAAAAGCUUUCUAA